AUGGCUCAUGCAUCUCCGUCACCACAAGCGUCAACUCCCUCUGAUUCCUCACCGGCACCGUCUACCGGUUUAAGUCCACCGGCACCGUCUACCGGUUUAAGUCCACCGGCACCUUCAACCAGUUCAAGUCCACCAGCACCUCCGCAAGGUGUUUCUCCUUCUCCCAUUGAUUCUUCGCCGUCCGAUUCUCAGGCUACCUGUGGAAGUCAAACCAUUGCUCCGACCAACCGUUCAUCUCCGGCGCCGUCGAGUUCAUCUGCUACAACGACUUAUUCGAGUGCAGUGUUGCUUGCUGCCAGCGUUUUGUUUAGUAUGAUCGUUGUCUCUCUUGAAUAG